AUGUCAACCUCCAAGCUGCCGUUGAACGGCACCAAUGGCUCCCAGCGCAGUAACAGGAACAUGGCUGUGAGCGGUAACGGCAACGGCAACACUACCCACGAGAGCAAUAGCAGCAGCGAUGGCGACAGCAUCCACGAUGGGAGGUCGUCGGGCGAGGCCGCCAGGAGGAAGAAGCUGUUACGCAAGAACUCGAGUCCCAUGAUGCCCGCCUUCAUGGUCUCUGCGCCAGGCAAGGUCAUUGUCUUUGGCGAGCAUGCUGUAGUUCACGGCAAGUCUGCCAUCGCGGCCUCCAUCUCGCUCCGCUCUUAUCUCCACGUCACGACGCUCUCCAAAUCGCGACGCACCAUCUGCCUUCGCUUCCCCGACGUCGACCUCGUACACAAGUGGAACAUCGACGACCUCCCCUGGAGCGUAUUCUCGCACCCGUCCAAAAAGAAGUACUACUAUGACCUGGUGACGAGGAUCGACCCUGAGCUUAUGGAUUCCUUACAACCGCAUCUCGAGGACAUAUCACCACACAAGCCCACCGAGGUGCGCAAGAUACAUCAGAACUCCGCCAAGUCCUUCCUGUACCUGUUCCUAUCCCUUGGGUCGCAGAAGUUCCCGGGCUGCAUAUAUACGCUGCGCUCGACGAUCCCAAUAGGCGCUGGUUUGGGAAGCAGCGCAUCAAUCGCUGUCUGCUUGGCCGCCUCCCUCCUUUUACAGAUUCGCACCCUUUCCGGACCACACCCCGACCAACCGUCGGAAGAGGCGCGGUUACAGGUCGAGAGAAUCAACCGGUGGGCAUUUGUAGGAGAGAUGUGCAUACACGGCAACCCGUCAGGCUUGGACAACACGGUUUCGACACAGGGCAAGGCUGUAGUCUACCAGCGGACCGAUUACGACAAGCCCCCGACUGUGACUCCGCUGUGGAACUUCCCCGAACUGCCACUGCUGCUGGUAGAUACCCGACAACCGAAGUCGACGGCCGUCGAGGUUGCCAAGGUUGCGAAGCUGAGGGACACACAUCCGAAGCUGGUGGGUAGCAUUCUGGACGCCAUAGACAAGGUAACAAGGACGGCCGAGAGUCUGAUCGACGAAGAGGACUUCGACAGCGAGGAGCAAGAGAGCCUGCGACGUGCGGGUGAGCUGAUGUCCAUCAACCAUGGACUUCUCGUCUCUCUCGGCGUAUCACAUCCCCGCCUCGAGCGGAUACGGGAACUGGUAGACUACCAGGGCAUGGGGUGGACGAAGCUGACGGGCGCGGGGGGCGGAGGCUGCUCGAUAACGCUAAUGAAGCCGGAUGUGCCGGGGGCGGAGUGGAAGAAGCUGGCGGGCAAGCUCGAGUCCGAGGGCUACCAGCAGUUCAAGACGACGCUCGGCGGCGACGGCGUCGGCGUGCUCUGGCCGGCCGUCCUCAAGAACGGCCUGGACGAGGACGAGGACGGCGGCAUGGAGAUCGACCUCGAGAAGUUCCUCAAUGCGCCCGGGACGGACGGCGUGGAGAAGCUCGUUGGCGUCCACGGCGGCACCGGCGAGAGAGAGGGGUGGAAGUUCUGGAGGGUCGAGAGCUGA